CUCCCUCUUCCACCAUCUCCCCAGCACCUCCCUCGGUCCCCGCCCCGGCAUUGGUCCCUCCCAGAGCCGCUCGGGAGGUUCCGAGCGACCGCGAUGAAGAGCUCGAAGCCGAGCUUCAGGAGCUACCUGCCCGCGGAGGAGGUGAGGACUGUGCCGGAGUCUGCUGGAAAGCAGGGCCUGUGCUCCAACGCUGCGGCCUGUUCCGCCUCUAACUGCUGUUUCUUCCCGCAGAACUCCUGCCCAGGCCGGGCCCAGGAGAACCGGGCGAACGAGGCCGCGCUACUGCCGGGGGAACUUGUGGUGAGCGAGACCAGCAAUGUCAGAAAAUGCAUUGCUACAGACACAAGUGCUCAUGACCUCUAUGGAACCCUACUCUGUACCAACUUCAAGAUCUCUUUUAUCACAAAGGAUGUGGCACAUUUUCGGAAACUUCAGUACAGAAACCUGCUGCUGGAGGAACAUGACAUUUCCCUUACCUGUGUGGAACAAGUUGUGGCAGUGAAUGCUGCAAAGAAGAAGAGGAAAGUUCUGGGACCCAACCAACACCUGAAGUUUAAACCCACUGAACUGAUCAUUUAUUGCAAGGAUUUCCGCAUCAUCCGGUUCUGCUUCAACGAGUCAGACCCACAAUCUGCCCGAAAGAUCUGCCUGGUGAUUGCACAUUACUCACAGCCUAAGGAUCUCCAGCUGCUGUUCGGGUUUGCGUAUGCCAAGGAGCAAUGCCAGAAUUCAGAUGGCAGAGUGAAUGGGGCAGACUUUAGUUGGCAGACACCCAUGUUUGAAAACUACGCAGACUGGGACAGGGAGAUCAAACGGACGGGGGCUUCAGAGUGGAGAGUCUCUUCUGUCAACGAGCACUAUACCACCUCCACCAGCCUUCCAAAAUACUUUGUUGUUCCAUCAUCUCUGGCAGACGAAGACUUGAAGCAACUGGCUCCUUCUUUCAACGGUGCUCGGAUCCCAGUGUGGUGCUGGCAUCAUUGGACAGGCAGCUCCCUGGUUCGUAUGGCCAACAUUAAACCCGGCAUACAACUAAGAAAGCAUGACACAAGGAUCCUUAAGGCAAUCGCACAGAGUCAUCCACAGAAAAGCGAGGUCUUUAAAUCUGACCUCGAUAAGAGUUUACCAAAAGUAUCGGAGGUGCAGCUCGCUCUGGUCAGGCUAAAGCAGCUGUGCAUUCAUGAUUCAUUUGAAGAAACGGAUGAGAAGUGGCUGUCCUCAUUGGAGAACACUCGGUGGCUGGAGUAUGUCAGACUGUUUCUGAAGCACUCAGCAGAGCUGACACAGUGGAUGGAUAACAAAAAUAUUUCUGUCAUCCUUCAAGAGGAGGAGGGGCGAGAUCUGAGCUGUGUGGUCGCCUCCAUCAUGCAGUUACUGCUGGAUCCUCACUUCCGCACCACUCUCGGCUUCCAGAGCCUGAUCCAGAAGGAGUGGGUUGCCGCUGGUUACCGCUUCCUGGACCGAUGUAACCACCUCCACGAUUCGGAGAAGGAUGAGUGUCCGCUCUUCUUGCUCUUCCUGGAUUGUGUGUGGCAGUUACUGCAGCAGUUCCCAGCUGCCUUUGAGUUCACUGAGACCUACCUGACGGUGUUAUAUGACAGCUCGAGGAUACCCCUGUUUGGGACCUUCCUUUUCAACAGCCAACACCAACGGAUGCAGCAGAGCCAGGAUUUUGCUGCAAAUGGGAAUCUUCAGGGUGAAGGGAAGAACCUUGAGUUUCCUUCUGUGUGGAACUGGUCUCUGCAGUUCACGGCCAAGGAUCUGACUCUCUUCAACAACCCUCUGUACGUCGGCAAAAGUGUCAGCUGUGUGCAGAAUGGGACAAUCAAAUCCUUCAAGAGAGCCAAGAAAAGUUCUUCAUCCUCCAUCUACUCUGUGUACACUGUGAAGAAUGGACGACUGAGUGACCAGCCUGAUUUCUUCCCACGCAAGAACUCGACGAUACAAAGACCAAAUCUUGACUUGGCAGAGCUGAACGAGAGCCACGAUCGACACAUGGAACGCUACUUCAGGGACUGGCUCUCAAAGCCCUUGGACCUGCACGGACUGCUCUUGCCGUACCUCAGCAGCCCACAUACUCAGCUGUGGAGGCAGUGUUACCUCCGCUGGAUUCCUGAGGCUCAGAUCACCAAUGGAGGCUUCAUCAGUGCUUUUCACCAGAUCUCAGUACUGGCUAACGACAUUGAAGCACUCCAGCAACGCCUUCGGCAGUACAGCAGUGAACCCCUGCUCUCAGACGCUCCACAGGACAAAUGCAGGAUGUACUUCCGGGCUGAGGAUUUCACCGAAACACCAGGGACACCAGACUAUUUCUCCUCAUCCUUUCCCUUCUCUCCCAUUGGGAAUCUCUGUCGACAGAGCAUUCUGGGAACGCCACUAAGCAAAUUCCUGCUAACUGGUGCCAAAAUGUGGCCUUCUACGGAAACCCUGGCCAAUGAAGACUGACGAUCCCAGGGUGAUGGACACUUGACACCAAAGGCCAAAAGCUAAAUCUAAUCAAACUGAAACUGAGGACCCAUGAAAAUAAUUAUCUUAGAUAUUUGCACAGAGGAUGAAGAAGAAACCACUUACUGUAAAGAUAGGAUGUCCCUCGGGUGUUCUAUAAAUCCGCUGAAGUAACAAUUGUAAACAUAACCUGCCUCCUUUUCGUCUAACCUGACACCCCAGUGUUAAGCGUUGGAUAGUGGUUUGAGCACAAGGUUUAAAUCUGGGGCCCAGUCUAAACAAAUUCAAAGUCUGCUCGGCUAGAAUAAGUAUCUCAACAAAAGAAAUGUUGCACUAUUUGUAAAUUCACUGAGUGCCUGAAAUAUAAAGCAUUUUGCAGCACUAAUACCCUCCCUAGUGGCCACGUGUGCCUGUACAGUUUACAUAAAUCUUAAGAACUGUUAUUCCUGUAAAAAUUAUUCUUGUAUAUUGAAAGAGAGAACUUCUGAUCAGGUUGAAUUUGAGUACUGUUCUGUGGAGAUUGUCUGAUCACCCGAAUCCCCACGGUCUCGAGACAUAGACUUUCUGGAGCUACAGGCCUUGGAGGAACAUUCAUCUCAACGUUAUUUUAGCCAGCAGUGCCUCUCGAAGUUUUACUUCUCACAGCAGCUCAUCAAACAGCACCAUGCGUACUGGGAUGUUCACAGUUAACGAAUGAUACCUGAAAUACAGAACUUUGAAUAUUGAACGUCAGAGCUUAAGCACUCCAACGAUUGUUCCCAUGACCCUAUGCACUCUGACGUAACACAGUCCCCAGUAUUGACCCUGAUGUACCAAUUCUCCACAAUGUACAGCCCCUGGUGUACUGAUUCUCCCCAGGGUACAGUCUGUGAUGUACCACCUCUCUCAGGGGUACAGUCAGUAGAGGUAUCAACUCUCCCUGGGUACAGUCCCUAGGGGUACUGACUAUCCUCACAUUUGAAGCUUAACUCUUGAAACUUUAAGUGCCUGACUUUUGAAACUCUGUUGUAAACACACUUGUGACAAUGUUUGAUGUAAUUUUUUCCAUGUUGCAUUAUAGCAGUGUGAUUAGGAAGGCAAUGCAACUCUUGAACUGACUACUAAAAGAAUUCCUGUUUGAGUGGCUGAACUUUAGAACUUACACAGGGCAAUGGUAUCUAAACUAGAUUUUAAAGCAGUCUCAUUAAAGCUGCAAGCUCAGGCCAGCCCUUCUGUGUUGAGAAUAAUCCAGCUGCCGUUCCACAAAAUGGGUACUGUCUUCAUUCCUAGCAGUGCGCAUCAACCCAUUUAUGAUUAACAGCAGUCUCAGUUAUCUUCAGUGAAUCAACAUGGGAAAUUUGUGGGGUUGAGGGUGAACUAACUGUGAGGAAGGAUCCGGAAGCUCAUUGUAUAGCAGUGAGCUGUGGGCUCUGUAUGUCUUCAGUAAAUGUAUGAAUCCUGGAUUCCACAGAUUCCUAUUGAACGUAUGCUAGCUAGCUGAAAUCGCACAAGUAGGCAUUGAACUCCUUAGGUUUUGCCAUAAAUGCAGCAGGAUUGGGUACUAAAGGCUGCUUAGAUCAGGAGAAAGGAAAGCAAUGAGUUGGGAAAUCUCUUGCUUAUUAAAUGCAGGUCUGUCAGACUCCGGCCCAAACAUUAACCAGGCUUCUGUCUUUCAAAUGCUGCUCUUCAAUAGAACUUGCACUUUAUCCUAACUAAUUACCAGCCCCAAACAUUAACCAGGCUUCUGUCUUUCAAAUGCUGCUCUUCAAUAGAAUUUGCACUUUAUCCUUACUAAUUACCAGCCCCUGGUGUACCGACUCUCCCUGUGGUUACUGCCUUUUAACCCUUGUUAGGACAUGCUCUGAUAACUGCUGUAGUUCUUUUAUAAUCCUCCAUGUCCUCACGAGAAACUGUGGCUGAAUGAAACCCAGUGAACUGAUGUGGAAGAUUAAUUCUGCUUCAUCUGGAAUCCACAGCCAGAUUCUCUCUCAGUACAAUCAUAACAUUCUUCACAUUUCCCAAAACAACAUUGAAGUAGGUUCUGAACAUUUACAAGAAGAGGAAAAUACUGGACAAGCAGCAUCUGCAGAGUGUGGUGGAGAAUUUGGGCCUGGCCAUUUCGCCAAACAACAGCAAAAUCACCAAAAAUUGUGUUUAACUCUGAUCAGUCUUCACCACUGGAAGGAACUGGUUUUGUUAGUUUUGAGUUUAGUUUAAAUUCUUCCACAACACUGUGGUCUGCUUUUAAAUUAAAUCAUUUGCAGCUUCUGAUAAAUCUCCUUACAGUAAUUUAUUUACAGCCAUUUGCUUAGUGUUAUUCUGUUGCACAAGGGGAUAUACCAUUUAAGAUACAUGAAACAUUUAUAUCCUGCUCCUGUAUCAGCCCCUGUGAUAAAACCUCCAACUAGAUCUAUUCUGGAAAACUCAGCAUGAGGGUCCUAAUUGCCCUCAGGCAGAAUUUUUUAAAAAAAACAAAACUACCAGCAACAUUUGAAUAAAUGUGAUAAAGUGUUUCUGCAAAAUGUUCAUUAAAAUCCACCUGCUUUGAUCAGUUUUUGCAGUGUUUCAUACCCUUUAGCUCGAGUCUUAUGGAGAUUAUUCAUAAAUAACUGGACCAUUUUCAGAAGCUCAGAUGCAACAAACCUGGGAGCUGUGCACAUGCCUGGACAGCAGCGUUACCGAUCUACUGUAGUUUAGGCACAUUAACUCCAGUACAGACCAGUAAAUGAAAUAUUCCUAGUAGACUGUCAGUCUGUAUUUGCAUUUCUCUAUUUUGCUAUUUAUUCAAGGCCUGCUUUAUUUCAUUACACAUUUGGCAGGUGUUUCUGUGAGUGAGGGUAUUUUGGCUGUGUUGCAUUGUAUCUAUCACAAAGUCUUUCCACACUGUUUACCACUUCAGCCAGAGUGCUUUAUGUGAAGCAAUAAAUCCUGUAUAU